UUACAUAUUUGAAAAUGUUUUUCCAAAUACUAAAUUAUUGAUCUAUAACAAGUUAUCGAUAGUUCGUCAUAGACUUUCGUCUUUCCGCAGAAGGUAAACAAACGAAAUCAGCUGUUUUGUUGCGAUGAGUAAACCGAGAGAAUAGGUAUAACAAUCUCGAUCAAAUCUUUCAGUCGUUUCACACAUAUCAAUGCGAACACACUCCUCCGUGCCUUUUGCUGCUGCUGCCUGCUGCCUGUCAUCAUCAUCAUCAUCAUCACCAGCGUCACCAUCAUCAUCAUCACCAUGAGCAGCAACGUUAAUCCAACUGCCAGAUUUGCAAUACUCGACUGCGAUGGCGGGAGUGACGAUGCGUGGGCGCUUCUCUUGCUGCUCCACGCCGAGAAAGCCGGUCACCUCAAGCUCUUGGCUGUGACUGUCACUGGAUGUGGUAACACAACCUGCGAGAAUGCGGCCCGCAAUAUGAGACGCAUACUCAAAGUUAGCUCCAGGGAAGAUAUUCCCAUUUAUCUGGGUGCAGUUGAACCAAUAAUUUGCAACAACGUUGACAAGAAGUACUUUCAUGGAUGCGAUGGAUUUGGGGAUUGCCUGAAAGACACCGACCUGCAAGAUGUGUCCACGUUUGUGGAGUCGAAGCAUGCGGUGAACGCCAUUCGAGAUCUGUGCGAAGAAAGGCCGCAGCAAAUAACGAUAAUCAUGGUUGGGCCACUGACAAAUUUGGCACUGGGCUACACAAUGUAUGGGGAGCAAUUUGGAGGGAACAUCAAGGAUAUCUACAUAAUGGGUGGCAACUAUCAAGGAAUGGGUAAUUCAUCACGCGCAGCCGAAUUCAAUUUUCACUCCGAUCCCGAGGCAGCUCAUGCGGUAUUAUUAAAGACACGCUGUCCAAUUACCAUAUUGCCAUGGGAGGCAUGCACCAAGGACUAUUUUAAUAUAUCGAUUAACUGGCGAUUGGACGAUUUUGGUAAACGUAGCGCAGUCCUUAACCAUCUUGCCAUCAAAAUGCUAACCGAGGUCGAGACAGCACAAUGGAUGCCCAUGCAACAAUAUGGCUUCGAUAAUUGGAAUCCAUGCGAUGCUCUAAUCGUAGCCACAUGGCUCUUUGACAAGCAAUUUGUCAGGAAAGACAGCUUUUGGCACGCAACAGUCGAACUAAAUGGCACACACACCCGCGGCCAAAUGGUGCUCGAUCAUUUGAGGGAGGAGACCAAGUUUCCCUCGAAUGUGCGCAUCAUCGAAAAGGUCGACGAUGUCGUCUUUAAGCAAAUCGUCGAAUGGAUUGCCGGUUUGCGAGAUGAACAACAGUUUUCCAUUUGCAGCCCCAACGCUGCGAAUCUUUCUCCGAGCGAUCGUUAGUCUCGAGCAUUCAGUUAAUACAGAAAUUAUAAUUUUAACUUUUGUUUUUUUGUGUCAUUAAACAUUGUAUCAUCUAAAA